GCCAGCCGCUCCGCAGGCUCCCGGGGUGCCGCCCGGCGCGGCGCGGCGCGGCCCGAGACUGGACUUUGACAUUCUUUUCAUGAAGGUGAUUUCAAGUAGUCUUACAACUUUGAGAAGAAUUUCUAUGUAGCUCUUCUACUUUCAAGAGUGCUGCAAAAAUGAUUACUUCAGAUUUGCCAGUACUACAGGAUUCUACAAAUGAAACUACUGCACAUUCAGAUGCUGGCAGUGAGCUUGAAGAAACAGAAGUCAAAGGAAAAAGAAAAAGGGGCCGUCCUGGCAGGCCUCCAUCUGCCACUAAGAAACCACGGAAGUCUCCAGGAGAUAAGGGUCGUUCGGAUGCUGGAGCUAGAGGAGCAAGUCGUGGAAGAGCUAAUGGUCACCCUCAGCAGAACGGAGAAGGGGACCCUGUCACUUUGUUUGAGGUCGUCAAGCUGGGGAAGAGUGCUAUGCAGUCUGUGGUGGACGACUGGAUUGAAUCAUAUAAGCAAGACAGGGACAUAGCACUUCUGGAUUUAAUCAACUUCUUUAUCCAGUGUUCAGGAUGUCGAGGUACUGUAAGAAUUGAAAUGUUCAGGAACAUGCAAAAUGCAGAAAUCAUAAGGAAAAUGACUGAAGAAUUUGAUGAGGACAGUGGUGAUUAUCCACUUACCAUGCCUGGGCCACAGUGGAAAAAGUUUCGAUCCAACUUCUGUGAGUUCAUUGGAGUGCUCAUUCGACAGUGUCAGUACAGCAUCAUUUACGAUGAAUACAUGAUGGACACGGUGAUCUCCCUUCUGACUGGUUUGUCAGACUCCCAGGUGCGGGCUUUCAGGCACACUAGUACGUUAGCUGCUAUGAAGCUUAUGACUGCUCUUGUGAAUGUUGCCUUAAACCUGAGCAUUCAUCAGGAUAAUACACAGAGGCAGUACGAAGCUGAGAGAAACAAAAUGAUUGGCAAAAGAGCUAAUGAAAGGUUGGAGCUGCUGCUUCAGAAAAGAAAAGAGCUACAAGAAAACCAAGAUGAAAUUGAAAAUAUGAUGAACUCUAUUUUUAAGGGUAUAUUUGUGCAUAGAUACCGUGAUGCUAUUGCUGAGAUUAGAGCUGUCUGUAUUGAAGAAAUCGGUGUCUGGAUGAAAAUGUACAGUGAUGCCUUCCUGAAUGAUAGUUAUUUAAAAUAUGUUGGUUGGACACUACAUGACAGGCAAGGUGAAGUGAGGUUGAAGUGUUUGAAAGCUCUUCAGAGUCUGUAUACCAACAGAGAGUUAUUUCCCAAACUGGAGCUGUUCACUAAUAGAUUCAAGGAUCGCAUUGUAUCAAUGACACUUGAUAAGGAAUAUGAUGUCGCUGUGGAAGCCAUUCGAUUAGUCACGCUAAUACUUCACGGAAGUGAAGAAGCUCUGUCGAAUGAAGACUGUGAGAAUGUUUAUCACUUGGUGUAUUCAGCACACCGGCCUGUUGCGGUAGCAGCUGGGGAAUUCCUUCACAAAAAACUGUUCAGCAGACAUGAUCCCCAAGCUGAAGAGGCUCUAGCAAAGAGGAGGGGGCGAAAUAGUCCAAAUGGAAACCUUAUUAGAAUGUUGGUUCUUUUCUUUCUUGAAAGUGAGUUACAUGAACAUGCAGCUUAUCUGGUGGACAGUUUGUGGGAGAGCUCUCAAGAAUUGUUGAAAGACUGGGAAUGUAUGACAGAAUUGCUCUUGGAGGAACCAGUCCAAGGAGAAGAAGCAAUGUCUGACCGGCAGGAGAGUGCUCUUAUUGAACUGAUGGUGUGCACAAUCCGGCAAGCUGCUGAAGCGCAUCCUCCAGUAGGCAGAGGCACUGGAAAAAGAGUCUUAACAGCAAAAGAAAGAAAAACUCAGAUAGAUGACAGAAAUAAAUUGACUGAGCAUUUCAUUAUUGCACUUCCUAUGUUGCUCUCAAAGUAUUCCGCUGAUGCAGAGAAGGUUGCAAAUCUCCUGCAAAUACCUCAGUAUUUUGAUCUGGAGAUCUACAGCACGGGCAGAAUGGAAAAGCAUCUGGAUGCCUUACUGAAACAGAUUAAGUUUGUUGUGGAAAAGCAUGUGGAAUCAGAUGUUCUUGAAGCCUGCAGCAAAACCUACAGCAUACUCUGUAGCGAAGAAUAUACCAUCCAGAAUAGAGUUGACAUAGCCCACAGCCAACUUAUUGAUGAAUUUGUGGAUCGGUUCAACCAUUCUGUAGAGGAUCUACUGCAAGAGGGAGAAGAAGCUGAUGAUGAUGACAUAUACAAUGUGCUGUCCACGCUGAAGAGAUUAACCUCUUUUCACAAUGCUCAUGAUCUCACAAAAUGGGAUCUGUUCAGUAACUGCUACAGAUUACUGAGAACUGGAAUCGAACACGGAGCUAUGCCAGAACAGAUAGUUGUUCAGGCAUUGCAGUGUUCCCAUUACUCUAUUCUCUGGCAGCUGGUGAAAAUCACUGAAGGCUCCCCUUCCAAAGAGGACUUGUUAGUAUUGAGAAAAACUGUGAAAUCCUUUCUGGCUGUCUGCCAACAGUGUCUAUCAAAUGUCAACACUCCAGUCAAAGAACAGGCGUUCAUGCUGCUUUGUGAUCUCUUGAUGAUUUUUAGUCAUCAGCUGAUGACUGGAGGUCGGGAAGGUCUUCAACCUUUGGUGUUUAAUCCAGAUUCAGGCCUCCAGUCAGAACUUCUCAGUUUUGUGAUGGACCAUGUCUUCAUUGAUCAAGAUGAUGAGAACCAGAGCAUGGAGGGAGAUGAAGAAGAUGAAGCUAACAAAAUAGAAGCUUUACAUAAGAGAAGGAACCUGUUGGCUGCCUUUAGCAAGCUGAUAAUUUAUGACAUUGUGGAUAUGCAUGCAGCAGCAGAUAUCUUCAAACACUACAUGAAGUACUACAAUGACUAUGGAGAUAUCAUUAAGGAAACCUUGAGCAAAACAAGGCAAAUUGAUAAAAUCCAGUGUGCAAAGACACUCAUUCUCAGUUUGCAACAGCUGUUUAAUGAGCUUGUGCAGGAACAAGGUCCCAAUUUGGACAGGACAUCUGCCCAUGUUAGUGGAAUUAAGGAAUUGGCCCGCCGGUUUGCCCUUACUUUUGGCUUGGAUCAGAUCAAGACAAGAGAGGCUGUGGCCACGCUACACAAAGAUGGCAUAGAGUUUGCCUUCAAAUAUCAGAAUCAAAAAGGACAAGACUAUCCACCUCCUAACCUUGCUUUCCUUGAAGUGCUUAGUGAAUUUUCUUCAAAACUCUUGCGGCAGGACAAAAAGACUGUUCACUCCUACUUAGAGAAGUUUCUGACUGAGCAGAUGAUGGAAAGAAGAGAAGACGUAUGGCUUCCACUUAUUUCCUAUAGAAACUCGCUAGUUACGGGUGGUGAGGAUGACAGAAUGUCUGUUAACAGCGGAAGCAGUAGCAGCAAAGCCUCCUCAGUGAGAAAUAAGAAAGGACGACCACCCCUCCACAAAAAGAGAGUGGAAGAUGAGAGUUUAGAAGGCUCAUGGCUGAACAGGAAUGAAAACAUACAUACUCCAGGGACACUGCAAGCACCACAGCUCACCUCAACUGUCUUGAGAGAGAACACUAGACAAAUGGGAGAGCAGAUCCAGGAGCAUGAGUCAGAGCAGGGAUCUGAACAAGAUUUUUUACACAAUCCCCAGAUGCAGAUAUCUUGGUUGGGCCAACAGAAGCUAGAAGAUUUAAAUCGAAAGGACAGGACAGGAAUGAACUACAUGAAAGGGAGAACUGGUGUAAGGCAUGCAGUACGAGGUCUAAUGGAAGAUGACGCAGAGCCCAUCUUUGAAGAUGUCAUGAUGUCCUCACGAGGUCAGCUAGAGGAUAUGAAUGAAGAAUUUGAGGACACAAUGGUCAUUGAUCUGCCACCUUCAAGAAACCGGCGGGAACGGGCUGAACUGAGGCCAGACUUCUUUGACUCCGCAGCUAUCAUCGAGGACGAUUCAGGAUUUGGAAUGCCUAUGUUCUGAAGUCUGGUGAAGACAUUUUACAAAUUUGGAACUCUAUUGUUUAGAGCUAGAGGCCUAUAUACUGUGAUAGCUUGUAUGAAAACCACAUUUUUGAUGUGAUACGGUUUGAUUUUUAUCCAAAUGAUUAAGGUCAAUCCCUUUUUGUAGUGAGAGAAAGAAGAGGAACUUCUUAAUGACACAAAGGAAUGGUGGCCAAUCCCAUCACCUCAGAAAGGCUGACCUAAAAAAUCAUUUGUAUCCCUGUUCUUGACUGUCCUAAUACAGAUUUUUUUUUUCUGGAUGAGGAAGAAGUUUUAAAUUGUUAAGACAGCUGUCAAAAUAAACACUGCUCUACAUAUGUUUUCUGAAAACAA